AUGGGGAGUUCAUGCAUUUCUAAUUAAAAAGACACAGCUUUUGAAGAUUUAUAUCUCUCACCAAUAAGCACUUAAGAAAGGGGGAUUUAAAAUAUCAACCAGACCAUUAAGGGUGACUUUCAGCAAGUGAAAUUGCGUAAGGAAUCCUUGGAAGAAGGAAUCUAAAUUUCUAAUAUUCAAACCAUAGUAAUUACUCCAAGUUGCGAAAUGGAAGGAGCGAAACUUGUUAGUGAAUUAGUGAAGCUUGGGAACCAUAUCACAAUAAUCUCUAAACGAGUCCCCGAAACUCCUCUUGUAAGUGAAAGGUCAAUUUCUAGGAAAGGGAUUUUAAAAAAUAAAUAGGACAUAAAUGUUACUUAAUCUGCAGAUGGAGGUUUUCUCUUUCCAGUUCCGAAAAGAAAAAGCGGAAAAAAUAUCAAAUUCUAAGGCUGA